CAAGCCGCGCGCAACGAUGCCCGAGCUUCCGGAGGUGGAGGCCCAGCGCAGUACCAUCGAGGCUGCGACGCUUGGGCGCCGCAUCGCCACCCUGAUUGCCGUGGAGCAGGGCGGCGGGCCGCGUGAAGGGCAGUUCGACGACAAGGUGAUUGCAGAGGAAGUCACGCCCGACGUCCUGGCCAUCACGCUGCAGGAUCGGUGGGUGCUCGGCGUGCGUCGCCGAGGCAAGCAGCUCUGGCUGGAGCUCGGCGAGAGCAAGGGCGGCGCUUGCUGCGCGUGCCUCCUUAUCCACAUGGGCAUGACCGGCGCUGUGAUCGUGCAGGGCGUCGCCGCCCCCGUCUACAAGUCAUUCGCUGUCGACGAGACGGCGUGGCCGCCUCGCUUCACCAAGCUGGAGCUGCUGAUGGCCGAUGCAGCGGGCGUCUCCGCGCCCUGCGUCCGCCUGGCCUUCACCGACCCGCGUCGCUUCGGGCGGGUGCUGCUCCGAGGCGCCGACCCGUUCUCCCGGCCGCCGCUGAGCGCCCUCGCCGCCGACCCGGUCACGGACCCGCCGUCGGCUGAGGCGUUCGCGAGCGUGCUGCGGCGGGUGCGCGCGCCGAUCAAGGCCGCGCUCCUCGACCAAGGCCGCGUCGUCUGCGGCGUUGGCAACUGGGUGGCUGACGAAGUGCUGUACCAGGCGGGCGUGCUGCCGGCGGCGCCCUGCGAGAGCCUCUCCGAGGAGCAGCUGGCGGCGAUCCACGCGCAGGUGCUCGCCGUCUGCACCGCCGCGUGCGGCCGCCUCGAGCGCGGCUGCGACUUCCCCGGCCAAACGUCGGGCUCGAUGGCGUCGCCGCUCGGCCGGAUCCACUUUGACACCGUCGGAGGGAGGACGACGGCCUUCGUGCCGGCCCGGCAGGUAAAGGGGCAGGCGGCGGGCAAGGCGGGAGGCGAGGCCAAAGGCAAGGCGGGGGGCAGGAAGGGGGGCAAGGACAAGGGGAAGGGCAAGGCGGGGGGGCGCGCAAAGCGAGGGACGGCGGAGGGGGCGCCUCCAGACAGCGGCGAGGCGGCGUGCGGCGGGGCCGCGGCCUCGGGUGGGGCAGGCUCGGCUGCCAUCCUGGCGGGCGGGUGGGCGACGCUGACUGGCCUCGCGUCGCGCGCCGACCUCAACGGCGCGCAGGCGCAGGUGCUGAAGCGGUGCACCGGCAAGGCGACGGCUGGGCGGUGGAAGGUCAAGGCGCACUCGCAGCGACCUGGGCCGCUCCGCCUCGCAGUGUGGGCGGCGACCCUUGACGAGUCUUGCUGA